AGGUCUUGUCAUCGGCUGGUACAUUGAGACAUCGGAUUUGCUCGAGCAUGCAAUGAGCUCACGGAGAGAGAAUUCAAAAAUGCUAUUUGGAGAUGAUAAAGUUAUCAAGCUCACCGGGAGGAGGUAAAGGCGGAGAAGUCAAUGAGGCCUAGCUCAAAUUAUUCUGCCGCCCUGCAUAGAAACAUAGCAUGGUAGACUCCAUUUCUCUAAAGUCAAAUAAUUGUCAAGUCUUUCAAUCAAUUUAUCAUGGGACUUUUCAGCUCUUCGCAAGCUUCUCUACCCCCUCCAAAGAUUGGACCAGAUGGUGCCCCCAUAGCACCAGACCGAAGUCAAAGAUCACAAUGUUGGGAAGCAAGAGAUGCAUACUUCAAGUGUCUGGAUAAAAAUGAAAUCAUUGAUAGUCUCACGGAGAACGCCAAAGCGGAAAAGUCUUGCGGAACAGAGGCAAGAGUAUUCGAACAAAAUUGUGCAACUAGUUGGGUUCAAUACUUCAAGAAACGUAGAGUGAUGGAAUACCAGCGCGAAAAAACAUUGCAAAAAUUAAAGGCUGAAGGAGCGCAAGCGAUGCCAGGAGUUAUAGGCGCGGGGACAUCUGGUCAAAAACCAUAAUGACUCUUGGUGGAACGAAAUGUACAACAGUAUAUGGGAAGGGAUAACACGACGGUCUACGGCGUUUUCUAGGAAGUCUACACGAAGUCCCUUGCGACCAAACAAAAUUACAGUCAUGAAAAAAUGGACAUCUUUCGAGAGCCAAAAGAUAUUUCUUCAAUUCCGGGUUCCAAUCAAAUGCUCACAUUCACACACAAAAUUUUCAUCGUUGAAUAAUAUGUAUAGGAAACUUGAGUACGCUUCUAGCACUGGAAAAUAUUUACUCAAGAUUCGAGAAAAGAAGUCGCCGUAAUAUACGAAGCAUAACUCGGACAUUGAGUCUUCCCCCCGAAAAUUUUUUUGGGUAUACUGCUCAUAUUGCCAAUCGUCAACUGGACUGACAUCGCGUAUACAUGCAACUUCACUCCUGAUAAACAGGCCCUCAAACUCAGGAAGCUUCAAUCGUCAAUACCACAUAUUAAUAUCCUAGUUCAUCCUCGACUUCUUUCUCGCAACUUUUUUGUCCCCAAGUGGAUCAUGAAAAUCGGUCAACAUCUAUGUGCACGUUACUUAGCCAGGUUGGUGAGGUGGGUAGAUGACAGUCUUGAAUGCGAACUUUAAGUUGUUGUCAGCCAAGUAGCUCUGGAUCUCAAUACAGAGAUGUGUUUCAGUAAAUCGGUUCAUAACGGAUAAACUGCGUUUCUCAAACAUUAUGAACCAUAUAGGUUUGAAUAGAAUCAAAAAACAUCACCAAUA